CUGCACUGCCCGACUAAAAAGUAACUCAGUAAAAUAAGAUAAUCCAAAAUGUCCGUCAGCGCUCCUCUUAUUGUAAGGUUAUUAGCUUCAUCGGUGUCAGUUGCUGGCCGAGCUGGAAAAAUAGUGAGAGAUGUGAUGAGCAAGGGAGAGUUGGGGAUUGUUGAAAAGGGAAAGGAUGACUAUCAGACGGAAGCAGACAGGUCUGCAGAGAAAUGUAUUGUUGCAUCCCUCUCCAAACAGUAUCCAAAAGCCAGCAUUAUUGGAGAGGAAGAUAGCUCAGUGGAAGAGGGUGAGGUGUCACCAGACUGGAUAGUGGUUGAUGCAGAUAAGGAGGUGUUAGGUCUGGAGUGCCCGGCUAGCCUGAAAGGGGUGAAGGAGGAGGACAUAGUAGUGUGGGUUGAUCCCCUUGAUGGAACUUCUGAGUACACUCAAGGUGCCCUAAUGUUGAAGAGAGAUCCUUGGGAAAGAUGGAAAAUGUAUUUGAGCCACCCUUUUAUCAGUAUGAAGUGGUACUUAAGUCUACUUCAUUCAAAUUUUGGAUUCUUGGAACAUGUGACAGUUCUUAUUGGAAUCUCUGUCAAUGAGAAACCAGUAGCUGGAGUGAUUCAUCAGCCAUUUUUCAAAAAUCAAACCGGAGGGGAGGUUAAAAUGGGUAGAACUAUCUGGGGGUUGUCCGAGAUAGGUGUCGGAGGGUUCACGCCAGCCCCACCUCCAGGGUCCUUGAUCAUAACGACAACUAGAAGUCAUUCUAAUCCGGUGGUUGAAAAGGCGUUACAGGUCAUGAAUGCCGCUCAGAUUCUAAGAGUUGGAGGUGCAGGAUACAAGGUGUUACAACUUUUGGAAGGCAAAGCGUCAGUAUACGUAUUCGCCAGCCCAGGAUGCAAGAAGUGGGACACAUGCGCCCCCGAAGCGGUAUUGUCAGCGGCGGGGGGCAAGCUCACGGACAUCCUCGGGGACUUCUACAAAUACGGUGCCUCGGCACCCAAGCCGAACAAGACUGGGGUCUUAGCUGCUGUCAACGAUGAACUGCACAGCUACGCCCUGAACAGGAUACCACAGGAACUGAAAGAUACUCUAGCCAACAAAUAGCUACGAUUUAUGUCACAUGUUUAACUUCGUAAGGCCAAACCCCUAGACACGAUACUCUAAAUUUGAUUGCCCUUAAUAGGCCUAU